AUGCAGAAAGAAAAAAUAAGGUUCAUAGUGACUGAGGAAAGAUCUGUGAGAUAUCGAGUUAGUUCAUCAUGGUCUGCUGGAUCAACCAGGCUGGGGUGGAUUUGUGGGCCAGCAGACUGCCAGCAAGUAGCAGAAGACAAGCUUGUUUCUUGGGCUGGGCUGCAGGGUAUAAAAACUCUUGAAAUCCAUCAAAAGGCCAUUGAUGUGACAGACUACAAGUAUGUGCUUUUCUUUGAUGUGAGGGACUUGAGUGUAUCCCUAAAGGUGUGCAUCAAGCAGUGCCCAGAUGUUACACUCCACACACUUCAAGAUAUUCAUGAUUUUUACAACCGUACGGGAUCAAAACUUUGCAGAUAUGACUAUAACAUGUAUGAUGAAGAUGUCAGUUGGGUUGAAUCCUCUAACAACCCACCACUGAAUGCAAGCUUACUGCUUGCUAAGUGCCCCACUCUACCAGUCUUUCAAAGCAAUCCUGUACUCAACCGGUGUGUACCAUUAAAAGGUGAAGGACCAAAAGGGGUCUUGUAUAACCUUUAUGGUUAUCUCAACACCAUGGAUAUCCUGGAGCAAGUGUUAGCAGACUUGUAUGCUUCAUGGCGCCUCAUUCUCAUCUUUAUGUUUAUUACUUUAGGCUUGUCAUGUGCUACGAUGCUGUGCUUGCAUUUAUUGGCUGGGAUUGUAUCGUAUGCUGUCAUGAUAGCUGUGUCAGUGGCCUCAGUUGGUAAGUCCAAAGUCUUUCUGUAA